CUGACUUUGUUUGCACCUUGGGAUUUGUUACUCAAUUAAUAUCCCUGUGUGCACAGUACUGGGUCUGUGAUUGGAUCCCUUCUCCAGUGCCCUGGUGUCUCUUUUGCUGCCACAGAAAUCUCCUAACUGUUCCCCUAACUACUGAAUCCACCUGACUUCACCCUGCCUUCUGAGGCUCAGAGCCGACCACAGUGCUAUUGGUCUGGCUGCUGCUGCUGCUGCUGUCUUGCCCAGAUAGAUCAUCCCCCUCAGCAGUAUCCAAAGGGGUAAACCUGUUGCUGAGGGGAAUGGCCACAGGAGACCCUGCAUUGACUUCUUUUUCCCGUUACCUCAGUGUUCACCCAUCUACUCCCCAAAUUCUGCACUCGGUGUAAAUACCUACUCAAAAGUCAUACCUGUCAAGUGCUCUGCCUCCCGGAUGAUCCUAAAUUAAUCCAACUCCAGCUGCAGCUCCUUAAUGUGGUCUUUCAUGUCUGGAGGUGGCUACACUUCCUGCGGGUGCAGUCAUCAGGGAGACUAUCGGGUUCCAUGAGUUCCCACAUCCUACAGGAGGAGCAUACCACUGCCAUCCUGCCUGCACUGUACUAGGGGCACCCAAGACCAAAUCAGCAAUGACGAAAGGAAAAACCUACCCUUCUUACCCGUUUCUUUGGUCUCAGCCUCUUCUCGUCGAAGCUUCCUGAGUCAAGGACUCUGCCUGUAGCUCCCACUCAGUCGAUGGCCACUCCGCUAGACCCCGUCUGUCUCUUCUCUGGCUAAAAAGAAUAACUCCCACGCAAGGAGAAAGAACUCAGCGUUUGGUGGUUCUCCGCCUGCCUUCCUGCCGCCGAUGCCUCUGACCACUGAGAUUUCCCGGGAGAAACUAUUUCGUCUCCCUCUCGGAGUCAAAACAAAGUGGAAAUCCUCCCGGUCCAUUUCAAAGCUUCCAGGGUUGGGAGCAGUGACUGAAGAGAGUUGCCGAGCUAACCAGUCAUUGCCGAGACGGCUGAGUUCCCGAACAAGGACACCGCAGUGGUGACCUGUGUCUGUCAGUUACAACCUUCCUACAGGGAGGUACUGAAGGAGCGUUGCGCUAUGCGAGGGGCGGGACGGAGGGAGCGCCGCGUCGUGGGAGGGACGGAACUGAGGGAGCGCCGCACCGUCAGAGGGUUAGGAGGGACGCAGGGAUUGGGAGUUGGCGCCGGGGAGGAGUCAGUCGGCAGCAGAAUGCGGGCGCGGACGGGCGUCCCCGAGAGAGUGGCCCUCAAGAAGGAGAUCGGACUCCCCAGCGCCUGUGCCAUCAUUGUGGGAAACAUCAUCGGAUCAGGAAUCUUCAUCUCACCAAAGGGAGUGCUGGAACAGGCGGGCAGCGUGGGUCUGGCCCUUGUGGUCUGGACUCUGGCUGGUCUCGUCACCGUCGUUGGCUCCCUCUGCUAUGCUGAGUUGGGAGUCACCAUUCCCAAGUCCGGAGGGGACUACGCCUAUGUGAAGGAGGUGUUCGGGGGCUUACCUGGGUUUCUGGUGCUGUGGAGCGCACUGUUGGUGAUCUACCCCACAACGCAGGCAGUGAUGGCCCUGACCUUUGCCAGUUACGUGCUUCAGCCCGUCUUCCCGGAGUGUGUGCCACCUUACGUAGCCUCGAGGCUCCUGGCUGCCCUCUGCCUCAUACUGCUGACCUGGGUAAAUUGCUUCAGUGUACGAUGGGUGACACGGAUACAGGACCUGUUCACUGCGGGGAAACUGCUUGCUCUGGGUCUCAUCAUCGCGAUGGGGAUUGUGCAGAUCUGCAAAGGUCACUAUGAAGCCCUGCGGCCGGACAUGGCAUUUGACAGCGCUUCCAACCCCCACAUUGGGCACAUCGCCCUCGCCUUCCUCCAGGGUUCCUUCUCCUACAGUGGCUGGAACUUCCUCAACUACGUCACCGAGGAGCUGGUUGACCCACAGAGGAACAUUCCCCGCGCCAUCAUCAUCUCCAUCCCUCUUGUCACCUUCGUCUACGUCAUGGCCAAUGUCGCCUAUGUCUCAGCCAUGAGCCCCCAGGAGCUGGUGGACUCAGCAGCCGUGGCCGUGACUGUGCUACGCGGGAGCACGCCAGGGUCACUUGCCCAGCGUACUGGCCAUGAUCCACAUCACACGGUGUACGCCCAUUCCAGCCCUCCUCUGCUCCUGUGUUACUUCGCUGCUCAUGUUAAUCAUUGCCGAUAUUUACACGCUGAUUAACUACGUGGUGUUCAUUAACUACCUGUGCUACGGCGUCACCAUCACUGCACUACUGUUACUGCGGUGGAGAAAACCCAAACUCUAUCGUCCCAU